AAGUUAAAGAAUUUUGGCGGAUUUGCUUGUUACUUUCUAUAAUCCUUUAUGCCAAACCUGUGAGCUAUCAAGAUAUAUCCCAAGGGAAAAGGGAUAUCUAUAUAAGAACAGAAAAGGCCAUAGUUGACCUAGGAGUUGAGAACAUAUGGAAAAUUGGUCCGCUCCUUGAUAAAAAAUCAUUCGCGCACCAUCUGGAUGUGCAACCUAAUGAUCCGAUGAUUAAUGAAUGGCAAGAAAGGCUUGAUAUGUGGCAAAUUGUCAAUCCAACUGGAACAGAAAACGAAUUUAUUGAUUGGAUGAAGCAGUUCAAUCGUCAACUGAAGGAACCAUCCAUUGUAACAUUGAAGGACCACUUCGAUAAAGCUAUGGUUAAGAUCAAUAGAAAUGAAAAUCAACUUCUUGAGAAAGUAGCGAUUUUGAGCAGUAUGUUUGCCGUGAAGAUGAAAGAUGAUUGUUGUCGAACCGUGACUAAUUGGAUUGAGUUAGUGAAUGCACAACAUAUUGCUAACCGAAGUUGGGAUGGAAGAUUUACUUUGGAUAGCUUUGGAUUUGAUAAGAACAGAGUUUAUAUUAUUGACGUUCCUCGAUCCCAAGCCACCUCCAGCGCUAGAAGGAAUGAUUCUCGCCGGCUCUCCUUUUGGUUGGGUAAGAUUUUAGUUCUGGAUGGAGAGAAACCAGCCUAUCUUAGCCACUUGCUUCAAGUAUUGGAGAAUACACCAAGGGGUCCAUUGACCGAGUCCAUGAAAUUGGGUUAUGAGACCCAUUUCUCCUUGCUACCUUCUGAAAGCAGAAUUGCUUUGACAUACCUAAUUAAACUCAAGAUGGAUGGUCUAAUCAAGGAGGAAAAGCAAAAAUUCAUUGAGAUAUUGGGCAAGUGCAGCUUUGACCGAAAGUGGUUGGCAAAAUUGUGGCAAAUUCCAAUUUUUCAGAAGAUAAUUAAAGGUGGUGAGGAGAAGAAUAUGAGUAUGUAUGUUAAGGAGGAUGGAUAUGCUGCAUUCAAGUUGCUCCGUCAUUAUUUUACACACGCGCCAGAUCAUUCUAGGGAAACAGGCAUGGAGAUGCUGAAAAACAACUGUGUACUUGACCUUACAGCCUGGAAGUAUUUGGGUGACUUUGCUGCAGACGUGGUCUUCAAACUGAUUACAUAUAAUGCAGAUAUCAAGAGGGAAGCAAAGUGCUGCCAGCUGCGCUAGGUCACCAGUCCCCAGUCCCCAUUUUCUGGAUCUUCCAAUUAUGGAGCUGGAUUGCAUUUGAAGGCGAAAGGAGUGCAUGGCAUUACUGAUACAUGUUUGAUGUUUGAAAUACGAAGUUGUGUGGAUCUUGCAUGAUAGCUUUAUGAGGCUGUUCAAUUUUGGUAGUUGUCAGUCACCACCGGUUAAUACUCUCUUGCCGUGAAUACCUGAUGAUCUGGACCGAUGUUUUUAUACAUUGCAUGCACUUCUGACGCAAGGCAAACACUGGUGGCUGGGUUACGCUCGUACUGAUUUCUGGGGUUAUAUCACUUGGAUCAGAAAUUUCUGACUAAUUGUCUGUGGAUCGAAUAUGGUCUGGCAGAGGUCGUGGUAGAUCAAGACAGAAUACUUUUGUUUCUCUGCGAUAACAAAUUGUACAUAGUUUAUAUAAAGAGGGCACGUGAAAUCAAAGUUGAAUCCACUGUAACGAGGGCAUGCGAAAUCGACGUUUAGCCCAUGUUACUUUCUGACAUAGGCCUUGUUCAGUUAGCAAAAAUUUUGAAUUUUGAGUACUAUAA